CCUCUUGGCAGCUUUUUAAUGGUACACAAACAUUAAACAAUCGUGUAGCAGCCGGCUGCUGUAGCUUUGCAGCACAUUGAUAUGAUGAUCUUCUCUUCUCUCAAUCAACUUGGCGCCCCAUAUUUCCACCAACCCCCUCUUGUCCUAUAUUCAAAUGAUUUUAACACUAAACUAGUUUCAUUCAUUCCACUUGGUUGCCAUUAUUAAUACAUCUCCCCCAAGCUCCUUACCUUCUCAUCCCACCAGUCUCUGCUCUUCUCUUCCACCAUGGCGCCAAACCAGACCACAUCUCUUCUCUCGAACGACGAAUCGAACCACGACACCCGCCGCAAUGCCAGAACCCACCCGGGCACCAACCCAUUCAUCUUCACAGCACUCAUAGCCCUCAGCUGCGUCGGCCUUUCCGCCGCCUCUGCUUUUGGCUUCCUCUACUUCUCUACUUCUUCUUCAACUACUCACUCGGCCCAGAAACUGUCUUCGAUCGAACGAACCAGCCGGCCCAGCUCGAAACUCCCCCGCCCGGUCGUGAUCAUGAUCUCCGCGGACGGGUUCCGGUUCGGUUACCAGUUCAAGACCGCGACCCCGAACAUCGACCGGCUCAUGGCCGAGGGAACGUCGGCCGACCGGGGUUUGAUCCCGGUCUACCCGACCCUCACUUUCCCCAACCAUUACUCCAUCGUCACGGGGCUCUACCCUGCUUACCACGGCAUCAUAAACAACUACUUCGUCGACCCGGCCACCGGCGACGAGUUCACUCUGGCCAGCCACGACCCCAAGUUCUGGCUCGGAGAGCCGCUGUGGGAGACGGUGGCCAACCACGGCCUGCCCGCUGCUGCUUAUUACUGGGCUGGAGCUGAAGUGGUGAAAGGGAGCUGGACUUGUCCUCCCCAAUUCUGCCCCAAGUACAACAGCUCGGUGCCAUUGGAGGAGCGAAUUGAUACUUUGCUUAGCAACUUCGAUUUGCCGCUCGAGGAAAUCCCUAUUCUCAUGAAUCUCUACAUUGAAUCUCCUGACGCACAGGGUCACCAGGUUGGGCCCGACGAUCCACAAAUAACCGCAGCCGUGGGCCGAGUGGACUCGCUACUGGGCAGGCUAAUCACCGGGCUGGAGCAAAGGGCCCUAUUGGACGAAGUGACAGUGAUCUUCGUAGGCGACCACGGCAUGGUCGGCACGUGCGACAAGAAAUACAUCUACAUCGAGGAUUUCGCGGAAUGGAUCGACAUCCCGGAAGAAUGGAUCAUGUACCACACUCCGGUCCUCUCCAUCCGCCCUCCGGCCGGCGUCGACGCCGCCGAGGUAGUCUCCAAGAUGACGGAAGCGCUGGAGUCGGGGAAACUGAACAACGGCGGCAGCCUGAAGGUUUACCUGAAGGAGAACCUGCCAGCGAGGCUGCACUACUCCGACAGCGACAGGAUCACGCCCAUCAUUGGGAUCGUGGCGGAGGGUUACACGGUGGAGCAGCGGCGGGUGGCCGGCGAGGAGAUGUGUUGGGGUUCCCAUGGGUAUGAUAACGCGGCGUUUUCAAUGAGGACGAUUUUCGUCGGGAGGGGGCCGAAGUUCGGGAAGGGAGUGGUGGUGCCGUCGUUUGAGAACGUGGAGCUUUAUAAUGUGGUUACUUCGAUUCUGGGGAUUUCCGGGGCUCCGAAUAAUGGGACUUCGGGUUUUGUCAACACCGUUCUGCGGAGAAGAUGAUGAGUGGGUUUCUCCUUAAGCAAAUGAGUUUGAGACUUUGAGCUACUGUGUGGAGCAAGAACUAAAUAAAAAAGAGUGUGCAGAUGGUGAUGAUCAGUGUCAGCAGUUUAUGAAAUUUCAUGAGGAAAAAUGUAUGAAUUGCUUGUAAUUUUAGACAAUAUUAUCAUAUGAAAUAAACAUCGAUGAUAAAUAUAUGAAAAAUGAUAAUUAAAGUCUAAUUAUAAUUAGGCUGCACAUGAUCUAACAACAUCAACUUUGUGCAUACCCCAAUCAACCACAGAACCAAACCCCUCUAAUUGCAAAGAAUUGGAAUCUUAUAUCCACCUUCUGGCCGGAUUUCCAAGGGUGGAUCGUUUGAUUUUUCAUUUCUAUUGAUAAGUACACUUUGUCACCUUUGACUUUUCAGAAAAGCUCACCCUUAAUCACUCUUUUAUGAAGGUCCAUAUGGUAAGUUUUGAAAUCUACGUGUAUAGUUUAAAGGGGCCUAAUAGCUCUCCAAAGCGGUCAAUUUGAUAAGAGUGUUGUGGUAUAUGAUUCACGAUUGAACCUCUCUCAACAAUUCGAGUUAUUGGGACCAACUGAUUUAUGAUAAAGAGCACGAUUGAAAUUCCAAUCAAAUGCAUUGUGUUAGUUAGAUGAAUGGUCCGACCCAGAAAACAUACUUGUUCUGGAAGGAAAAAACUUAUGCUCAUCAAAUUUGUAGCUAAUUGGGCAAAUAUUUCUUGGACCUUAACGUUUAUCAUUUAUCCAUUAAAAAAAUUGUAUUUACCGUGGUCCAGGUAAUUUCUGGUUAUUAUUAUCGGUGGAUUGUGAAAAUGAUAGUUAAAAGUGACAGUAUUAAUCUGACUUACCAAUCCAAUCUAAUUUAUCACAUUAAAUAUGUAAACUUAUGUAACUGAUCAUAUUGGUACGGCUACAUUAUGUUAGUGAUAUAUGUGGGAUUUAUAUGUCAUCAUAAGUUAAUAGUAUGCUCUAUGCUCAAAUGUUUGGUAUCGAUUAUGGAUUAAUAUUAAACAUUAAUAAUUAAUUAAGAAAAUAUAAAUAUAAUUAAUCAUCAAUU